AUGCCAAAAGUCACGAAACCAAGUACGGCCAACCAGCAAAAGCAGGACGCGGAUGCGAUGCCGAAUUUGGAAGGGGAAGAGACGGGGGAUGUUGAGACAUACGAUACUUGCGAUGGUGUGCGGAGGAAGGUUAGGGCGCAUUUGAAGAAGCAGGGCGUGACGCAGGCUAGUUUCUGCAGGGAGAUUAGCAAGUGUCUUGGGAGAGGGGAGACGUCUAUUCAGAGUGCGCAGCUGGCGUCGUUUUUGAAGAAGGGGACGAUGGCGGGCAAUACGAGUAAGGUGUUUUAUGCUAGUUAUGUGUAUUUCGAGAGUAUACGCGUGAGAGACAAGAAGCCGAAGAGCAGUAAGAGGUUGCAGAUGGAGUCUGAGUGA